UCAUGUCAUCUGUCACCUAGAACAAAAAAUGGCGUCGAUCUUAAAAUUAUCGCAGUCUUUAGCAAAACUACCAAAAAACAGCAAUGCAGUUAAGGCCUGCAAGACCCUGAGGAAUGUCUCGACGGCCGCAGAAACUAAGACUACCCUACUCAACGUACCCCCUACCAAAGUUACCAGCCUUACAAGUGGAAUUAGAGUAGCAACAGAAGACUGGGGCUCCCAGACUGCCACGGUUGGCAUUUGGAUCGAUGCCGGCAGCAGAUACGAGAAUGCCAAGAACAACGGCGUUGCACAUUUCAUGGAACACAUGGCUUUCAAGGGAACGGGCAAGAGGACACAGAGCCAGUUAGAGAUCGAAAUCGAAGACCUGGGGGCCCAGCUAAACGCCUAUACGAGCAGGGAACAGACCGUUUACUACUCCAAAUGCCUGGCCAAAGACGUCCCCAAGGCCAUCGAGAUCUUAGGUGACAUCGUUCAGAACGCCAAAUUAGGUGAGGCGGAGAUCGAGAGAGAACGCGGCGUGAUCCUCAGGGAGAUGCAGGAGGUCGAGUCUAACUUGCAGGAGGUCGUUUUCGACCACUUGCACGCCAUCGCCUAUCAGGGAACUCCUCUCGCGAACACCAUUUUAGGGCCCACCGCUAAUAUCCGUUCGAUAAACGCUACCGACCUGAGGUGUUACCUGGAUAACCACUACAAAGCAAGUCGGGUUGUAGUUGCCGGUGCUGGCGGUGUCAGUCACGAUCAAUUGGUGCAGUUGGCGGAAAGCAACCUCAACAAGCUGAACAACACCUAUCCCGGCGAAAUCCCCUCUCUGAACCCGUGCAGAUUUACGGGCUCAGAGAUCCGAGUCCGCGACGACUCCCUCCCUCUGGCCCACAUCGCCAUCGCCGUAGAGGGAGCGGGUUGGACCGACCCGGACACCCUCACCCUCAUGGUGGCUUCUACACUGCUGGGGGCCUGGGACAGAUCGCAGGCUUCCGCCAAGCAGAACGCGACCACGCUGGCUAGGGCGAGCGCCGAGGGCGACCUCUGCCACUCUUACCAGAGCUUCAACACGUGCUACAAGGACACAGGCUUGUGGGGCAUUUACUUCGUGUCUGAUCCCCUUAAAAUCGAAGACAUGGUGUUCAACAUCCAACAGGAGUUCAUGAGGCUCUGCACCAGCGUUACCGAGGGCGAAGUAGAGCGGGCCAAGGCUCUGCUCACCGCCAACACCCUCCUUCAAUUGGACACCUCCACGGCGGUCUGCGAAGACAUUGGUCGGCAGUUGUUGUGCUAUGGCAGGAGGAUCCCGCCCCACGAGCUGACGCACCGCGUCAACAGCAUCACGGCGCAGAACGUGAGGGACGUCUGUUACAAGUACCUGUACGACAGGUGCCCUGCAAUCGCCGCUGUCGGGCCCGUUGAGCAGCUGCCCGACUACAACAGGAUCAGGUCGUCUAUGUACUGGCUACGCGUCUAAUUACGACAAAGUAUUUUAGGAUAAUUUAAAAAAAUUCGUAAGACAUCCUUGCUAGCACGGCAACCCUCGAGUCAGUUACGUACAGUUGUGGGUUACGUUAAAUUCAAACAAUUAUGGUGUUUCAAAAGGAAAAACAGUUGUAUGUAAAUAUUUAAUUUCUAAUUUAAUAAAAAUAACUUUUUA